AUGGAAGAACACCAAAAAACUCAACAAAGUGGUCGUUUUGAGCCUUUCACACAUCAGGUCAAAACUCCCACAGUGAGCGGUGGGCUGCUGCGAUAUGGAGCUGUGGCUCUCUCCGUCGGCGCCGUGUUGAUGCUGUGCGCCUCCGUGGCCUCUCUCCUCCUCAGGAAGGAAAACGAGAGGAACGUGUACAGCGCUCAUUACAGCAUGAACAUCAACGGGGAGGUGACGGACGGCUUCGUGGAAAUCGAUUCCGGCGACAACGUGGAGAGGUUCAAAACGGGCAGCGGAGACGAGGAGGCCGUGGAGAUUCGGGACUUUCAAAACGGAAUAACUGCAAUCCGAUUCUUCGGGGGAGACAAGUGUUAUAUAAAAUCCCAAAUCAAAGGCAACCUUCCUCCUCUGGGAGCUGACAACAAAGACUCGCUGAUGUCUGACCUGACUGACGAAGGCAUGCCAGUGAGGUUUGAUGAUGAGCUCCUCGUCUGGGUUUCUUCAGAGCAGCCGCUGAAGGACAUCGCUUUCUUGAGCCCCAAGAUUUUGGCUCUGUGCGGAGAGCUACCUAUUUACUGGCUCCAACCGCUCAUUCCCAAAGAUGGGAUGAAGAGGAAGAGGAGGAGGAGGGACUCGCAGCGGGCCAAGCGGCAGUCCCGCGUGGAGGUGUUGGAGGUGACGGGAAAGGAGGACUCCUCCAAGUUGGGGGAACAUGGAGGAGAGGAAGGGCUUCAGUCAGAUGUGGGAUCGGGAUUCAACCCCGAGAACCCUUACCAUCGCGGCGGAGGCACCGGGACCGUCGCUGGCGCCGGCGACGGCGACGGAGGCGCUGUGACCUUUGACUCCAUGCUGGACCACCAGGGGAUCUGCUGCGCCGAAUGCCAACGCGGCUACACGCACUGUCAGAGAAUAUGCGAGCCUCUGCGCGGCCACUGGCCCUGGCCGUACAACUACAGAGGGUGCCAGGUAGCUUGCAGAGUCAUUAUGCCCUGUCGCUGGUGGGUGGCACGCAUCUUGGGCAUCGUGUAG